CAGAUGGGGUACGACGCGCUGUUCCUGGGCCGUGUGGACCACGAGGACAAGGCAGCGCGAGAGGAGCGCCGGGAGAUGGAGCUCAUCUGGAGGGCGGGGGGCAGCGGGCCCCCCCCCGACGGCGACAUCUUCACCGGAAUCCUCCCCAACAUCUACAACCCCCCCUCGGGGUUCUGCUGGGACCAGCUCUGCUCCGACCCCCCCGUGGUGGACGGGGACAGCGCCGAGAACAACGUGGACGUCCUGGUCACCUCCUUCCUGCAGGCCGCUGCCCAGCAGGCCAAGCGGUACCGCACCGACCACAUCGUGAUGACCAUGGGCUCCGACUUCCACUACGAGAACGCCAACCUCUGGUUCAAGAACCUGGACAAACUCAUCGCCCACGUCAACGCGCGGCAAGCCAACGGCAGCCGCGUCCACGUGCUGUACUCCACGCCGUCCUGUUACCUCCGGGAGCUGCACCGCGCCAACCUCACCUGGUCCGUGAAGACGGACGACUUCUUCCCCUACUCCGACGGCCCCCACCAGUUCUGGACGGGGUACUUCACCAGCCGGCCCGCCUUCAAGCGCUACGAGCGCCUCAGCAGCAACUUCCUGCAGAUCUGCAGCCAACUGGAGGCCCUGGCGGGGUCGGCUGCGCGCGACGGCCCCUACGGCACCGGGGACAGCUCCGUGCUCCGUGA